CAAAAAUAUAGAGAUAAUUUAUGUUUUAAAGUUUCUUGGUUUGCAAUAAUAUAAGCAUACAAUGCGAGAACAUCCGUCUCAUGUAACAUAGGCGGGUAAUUUAAACUUUGCGCGGAGGAGGCACUUGUGGAUACUGUAACAGCGGUGGGUGGAAACAAAGAUCACAGAUCUUCACUGGAAAACCGCCGUAGACAACGAGACGUAAUUUUGUGCGCGGUGGGGGUGUUAUAAGAUUCAUAGAACAGCGUCCUUGACAAAUGAUGGAUGGUGAUAAUUCAACAACAGAUGCAUCCCAGUUAGGAAUUGCUGGUGAUUAUAUCAGUGGAAGUCACUAUGUGCUGCAGUCUCAAGAAGAUGAUGGAGAUGAUGGAAUGAAUGACAAUGAAGAUGGCAUUGGCAGCAAAGAUGGCUUCCGCGAGCAAGAUAUCUAUCUUCCAAUUGCCAACGUUGCAAGGAUAAUGAAGAAUGCCAUACCCCCUACUGGGAAGAUUGCUAAAGAUGCCAAGGAGUGUGUGCAGGAGUGUGUAAGCGAGUUCAUCAGCUUCAUUACAUCAGAGGCCAGCGAGCGAUGCCACCAGGAAAAACGCAAAACCAUCAACGGGGAGGAUAUCCUGUUUGCCAUGUCCACCCUCGGCUUUGACAGCUAUGUGGAACCACUCAAACUCUACCUGCAGAAGUUCAGAGAGGCAAUGAAAGGGGAGAAAGGGAUUGUAACGUCAGUUACAGUUGCAGAUGGCCUUGGGGACGAAUUGACUGAUGAGUCCUUCACUAACCAAUUGCCUGCUGGACUGAUAACUGCAGAUGGGCAACAGCAAAAUGUAAUGGUGUAUACAACCUCAUAUCAACAGAUUUCUGGCGUGCAGCAGAUCCAGUUUUCAUGACCUAACCCCCUUUCCCUUCGGACCAAGAAUCAUUGCUGGGCUGAGGAAGAACAGCAGUGUUAACAAAGCUGGAGUGCAACAUCAGUGGGAGACAGAUAGGCCAGCUGUUGUAACCUUUUCAGUGCAAAAUAAUAACUUCAAACAUAUUACGAGUAGUUGUAGACAUGAGAUCAGGACUGAAUCUGGUCAGAUCUGGUUAUCGAUAGGUUUUUAGGAACUGAGUUAAAGGUUUUAGAUUUUUUUUUUUUUUUUUUGUACAUUAGUUGUUUUGGGGUUUUGUCCAAGUUUUAAAAUUGGAAAAAGCAAAACAUGUAGAAAGGAGUGCUGUUGACUCUUUUUCUUGAUAUAAAAAAGAGGAUUUAUCCCUGUCUGCACAGUAGGGGUCAGAUUCUUUUCAUACUCAAUCAUGUUACUCUUUGUAAUGUCUCAUGAAAUCACAUGAGAUUACAUGUUAGUCCUUUUAAUAAAAUGCAAAGGUGAAAUUG